AUGGUCCCAGCAGCAAACCCGUUUCCAAUUCACAAGCCAUUGACAAAAUUUGCAAUUGGAACUUUGACGAGCAUGUUGUUGGAGAAAAUCCUAUACCUUGAUAAAGGUGAUAACGCACAGUGUGCUUUAUCAAUCCACAACAAAUUGACCAGGUUUCGUCUCAUUAAUCCUUAUUUAUUCAUCAUGCACGGCGUUAAUCCUUUACCGCUACCACUGAAGAUUAACACCAAUAAAUCCGAAGAAACUGUCAUGGAAGCAGCUUCGAGAACCGGAGCCACAUCAGGGCUGAUUUUCUAUGAAAUAGACUACGUUGGCCAAUAUAUGAUGAUUUUCUGGAAGAUUCAGGGAGCACAAGUGGCGAAAGUGUACACGCCAAACAGGUUUCAUGUGGAGAUCACAUCGACCGUAAAAUUUGACGAUCAACUAUGGCUAGAGGCAACAUAUGCCAGAAUCAAAGAAAUGUCAGACAAAAUGCAAGGUCCUAACGAGCAUUUUGAAUCGGGCAUCGAGGUACCAAGUAUUCCCAGUAGAACAGCAACGCCAAAGUUUAAGAUUACUCUCCAAGCACAAAUGACCAUGGGGAAAAAGGCGGAAUUCAUGAUCGAGCUCAAAGAUGAUCUGCCUCCGCAUACUAGUAAUGUUUACAAACGAGAUGUAAUCGGCGCGAUUGCUUUGGGCAUAAUUUCUGUUGGGUUAAAUCUGGCAAUGAAGAAAGUUCAAAGCGUUAUUCCAUCCGAGCAAUCAUGUACAAUCGCCUUAGAAAACCUUUCAAGAGAGGAAACCCUAAUAAAACCAGCCUGGUACAUUAGGGCCGGAGAAACGGCAAACAUUGUUCCUUGGGAGAUAAAAAGUGACGAAGUCGGCGAGAUUUCCUUCGUGAUUCCGCUUGGAGGGGCAAGGCUCACACAAAAAUUUCAGCACACCGUUUAUUUCUUAUCGUAUCAUAUAAAUGGCACAGAUUACAGUAUUGUGAUUGGAACGUGGUUCCCAUUGAAACUGCAACCCGAAGACAAUUGGGAAGACAUUUUGCAGAAAAAAAAUCCACGAUAUACUGUUUUUCUCAUGAAAACCCCUACUGCGAACAUGGCAAUGAAGAACGUGUUAAAAGUUGUUGGCGACCUGUUUGUUCAAUACAAAGAUGCCAAGGAAUUAAGUAAGCAGUUGAUGAAGACGAACCAGAACAUUCACAAGCUGAUUGCGCAGUCUAAUCUUCAAAAUCCCAAAAUACCUACAGUGCAAACAAAUAAAUUACAGAAGUAUUUAGAAUGGCAUUAUCCGCUAAUCAAAACGUCAACAGUAGCAGGAAAGCAAACAAAUGAAGAAUACCACAUAAGAAUUGUCUCAGCGAUGGGCAUCGGCAAAGCAACCGGCAUGGUGAUUAAAGUAGAAGUAGCUAAAGGCAAGUCUCCGGCUAGUUUUGCUCUGGUUAACCCGCAAAGCUACAAGGAGCCGCCAGAAACAACAACACAAGACGUCGAAACCCAGUUUCCCAGCCCAGCGACGAAUGUAGGGCCGCCAAAAUUCCCAUCGACAAAUGCAGGACUAGCUAAAUUUCCGACCGACAAAUCAAAUGCUGAUCUUCUGACGUUCCCGCUGCAUAAGAAAUAUGUAGGACACUCUCUAUCAACGGCUCAAAAAGGCCUUCUUCUGGAGAAGGCGUUUGCGACUCCAGGUCUCAACAGUCAGAAGGUAUAUGCUGCAUGGACUCCAAUCGUUCUCGACUAA